AUGGCAGAGACUUUUGGGGAAAAGAACAAGGGUCUGAGUCUGGAUCCUCUGAGGAAUCCUCAUCUUUAUCCGAACCAGAACCAAACAUCCCAAGUUGUUAGAUUCUCAAGAAAUGUAGAAGAACAGGAAGAGGAAAAAGACCAACGCCGCCGCCGCCAGGAGGAGGAGGUAAAACAACCACAACCAGUAGCGCCGCUGUCCCAUGGUAAUCAACACCAACAUCUCCAUCAUUCUGUAGAAUUUUUCCAAGAAAAACAGCCGUCAGUCUUUGUUAGUUUAGAAGAAAUAGCAUUGCAGCAACAACCGCAGCCAACAAAGAAACGUUCAUAUCAUCCUUCGUCUUCAUCAUCACUGGAGCCGGCCGGAGAACAUGCAAGAUUGUCUGAGAAAAUGGGGGGAAAUUCUCAUCACCGCCAAAUGUUGUCAAGAUUGAGAAACACGGGCGGCGAGAUAGUGGAAGUUCAAGGCGGCCAUAUUAUAAGGUCCACAGGACGAAAAGACCGGCACAGUAAAGUCUGUACCUCGAAAGGACCAAGGGACCGCCGUGUUCGCCUCGCUGCUCAUACUGCCAUUCAGUUCUAUGAUGUACAAGACCGCCUUGGUUUUGACCGCCCGAGCAAGGCGGUGGAUUGGCUUAUAAAGAAGGCCCAGGCAGCCAUUGACGAGCUGGCGCAACUGCCGGCCUGGAAACCCACCACUGGUUCGUCAGUAGAUGCGACUUUUGAGCAAGAUGCACAGGAACUUUUUGACGAGAACCACCAGCUACAAUCACAGCGCCAGAUGGACACUAAUAUUGCAGGGCCUUCGAGUAAAAGGGCAAUGACAAUGCUGGGAGGUGAAAGUGAGCAGCAAGGCUUGCACCAGAGGGGUAAUGUGAAUCCGAACUCGAAAUUGAACGUGAACUUUCUGCCCCCUUCGUUGGACUCGGAUGCCAUUGCAGAUACUAUCAAGUCCUUCUUCCCGAUGGGUGCUUCGGCCGGGGCCAGUUCCUCAGCUAUGCAGUUUCAGAACUUUGGAACUGAUGAUUUGCUGUCAAGAACCAAUAGCCAGAGCCAAGAUCUAAGGCUCUCUUUGCAGUCAUUUCAAGAUCCAAUUUUGCUCCACCACCAUAACCAACAACAGCCUCAGCAGCAUCAAAAUCCCAUUCACCACAAUGAACAAACACAUGUUCAAUCACAAGCACAAGUCCUACUAAGUGGCACCCCGUUGGGGUUUGAUGGCACUGCUGGCUGGACCGAACAACACCAGGAGAUGUCUGAAAUCAGUCGGUUCCAGAGACUUGCAGCUUGGAAUGCCGGUGGAGACACCGCGACUGGGAGUGGUGGAGCAGCUAUAUACUCAUUUAAUUCUCCAUCAGUGCCUCAGCCACUGUUGCAGCAGCUGUUAGUCCAAAACCAGUUUCUUUCUCAGAGGGGACCCCUUCAGUCCAGUAACUCACCUUCGGUUCGUGCUUGGAUGGACCCAUCCGCCAGCGCUAUUGCUACGGCUGAUCAUAGCCAACAUCAGCAGAACCAUCCUGCAGUGUUUCCCAUUUAUCCAUCUUCGCUUCCUGGCAUUGGAUUUGCUUCAGGAGUGGGUGGAUUCUCUGGGUUUCAUAUUCCUGCACGAAUUCGGGGUGAUGAAGAGGAGCACGAUGGUUAUUCCGACAAGCCAUCCUCUGCUUCCUCUGAUUCUCGCCAUUGA